AUGGAGGAAGCUCAGCGCCUCGCCGGCAUUCGCGAGCUGGAUCUCGCCAAUUACGGACCGGUUUCUGUGGUGGACAGAGUCAAUGUCGUGCAGGGCUUGAGGACCAGUGCUGCGUUCUUCACAUUUUUACGGGCAAAUCUCGCCCUCAGCGCAACCUCGCCAUCGACACCUGUGUCCUCUCACGCACCAACUCCGUACCUCGAGCCUUAUUCGCACCAUCAGUUCCCCAUUCCGCCGUCUCCUUCGCCUCUUAGCGCUUCGACUUCCUUCUCAGACACCCGCUCCUCUGCCCAUAUUCAAGCCUCGGCUCCUCUCGACCCCAUCGACGAUGUCCCGCCUCUGUCCUUGGAGCCGCUGCUCACUUACCAUGACAAAGUUGCGGGCCUAAAUCUCAUCGCCGACUCGAUAGCGCAGAUGAAACAGCGCGCUGCCCAGUCCAUGGUCUUCCACCCGCUGUGCAUAACCCUAUUGUUCCUUACCUGGGCGGGCAUUUAUCGCUGGGCCUACGACCCCUCCACCGCCGACCCCAGCAUGGCUCUCCUGCUCUCCUGCGGGGUAACAAUGACGUAUCUAACGGCGAUACGCUACUUCACAGACGGCUAUGUGAGCCUCGCUGAGAAUCUGCGAUGGUCAUGGCUUGAGGGGCCCGGCAGUAUUGAGGGAGAUUUCAUCAUUGGCGCACGCUACGGCGGUGCCCUGAUCGGCGUCCUGGUGCUCAGACUUGAGCCUCGCUUCUCGUCUGUGUCAUCAGGCAGCGGUAGGCGCAAGAAUAGGAGCAGGAGCUUGAGCUUCCGGGGCGGCAAAGGCGUCAUUCGAGCGUGGACCACGCGCCUCCGGUACCGCGGCAAAGGCAUCGGCCGGGAUCUCCUUGAUGGCGCCAUACGCAUUGUCAAGGACCGCUGCGGUAAGGACGCUGAGGUGGGAUUUGCGCAGGAGCAUGCUAACAGCACCAUGCUGCUGCCGGCCAUGUUCAACGGGGUGUUUCGUCGGGACGAGGUGCGAGCAGCCAAGGCGCUGGAGAAGGCGCUGGAGGAGUGGGAGUCGAGCAAGAGAAAGAAGAGGUAA